UUCAUUGUACCUUGGUAAAGUUUACUAAACGCGUUUACACGUCGUCGGCGGCGGCGCAGCUUGGACAUCAUUAUAGGGCGAAUUGAAGUGUUUAUUUCCUUUUUCUGACAUCUUUUCGUGCAACUAUUAUAUCUUCAUCGUAAAGGCGCGGUGAGCGGCCGCCAUGGAGCGCGCCGAGGGCCUGGUACAGCGUCGGAACGUGGCCUCCCGGGAGCGGGCCGCCGGCUCGGGACCAGCCGGCCCCGUCGCCGCCGACGGCUCGUCGCCCGACGUCGAGGAGGCCGACACAGACGGUGACAGCAAGCAGGCCAGACUCACUCUCAUGGAGCAGGUGCUCAUGCUCGGCAUCAAGGACAGAGAGGGUUACACGUCGUUCUGGAACGACUGCAUCUCGAGCGGCCUGCGCGGCUGCGUCCUGGUCGAGCUGGCCACCCGCGGACGGAUCGAGCUUGAGAAGAGCGGCCCGCGCCGCCGCCGCCUGCUCGCCCGAAAGAGAGCGCCAGCAUGGAGACUGCCACAGGCCAAGGUGCUGAUCAAGAACGACCAGCCAACGGGGGACGUGCUGCUGGACGAGGCCCUGCGUCACAUCAAGGAGACGGAGCCUCCGGAGUCGGUGCAAUGCUGGAUCGAGUACCUCAGCGGUGAGACCUGGAACCCGCUGAAGCUGCGCUACCAGCUGCGCUACGUGCGAGAGCGGCUGGCCAAGAACCUGGUGGAGAAGGGCGUGCUCACCACGGAGAAGCAGAACUUCCUGCUGUUUGACAUGACUACCCACCCGGUGACCGACACACAGGCCAAACAGCGACUGGUCAAAAAGGUCCAGGACGCUGUGCUCAGUAAGUGGGUGAACGACCCACAGCGGAUGGACAAGCGCGUGCUGUCGCUGCUCAUCCUGGCGCACGCCUCGGACGUGCUCGAGAACGCCUUCUCACCGCUAUCCGAUGACGACUACGAGGUGGCCACGAAGCGUAUCCGCGAGCUGACUGAGCUCGACCUCGACGCCGAGGCAGCCAAGCCCAACUCCCUGCCGCUCAUGUGGGCCGUGUUCGCCGCAUUCCUAAAGUGAUGACGGCACACUUAGUGACGGUGACGCCGCCCGGCGCGGCAGUGACGUGACGCGGUGAGUGACGGCGGACUGCAGGGUGUCACAGAGCCGUCACGGAGGUGUUACAGUGGUGUUACGAUGACGUUACGAGGCGCUACGAAGACAAGCGAUAACUUAACACGGCGGGCACUGAAUGGCCGUGGAGCGGUAUGGAGUAGCCGUGUUCGAGUCUGACCUUUCGUGCCUGGGGUGACGGCGGACGUAGCGUGUGUUGACUCAGCAUAGGCGGCGAAACACCCAGACGGCGACUCCCUCAGCCGUUCAAUUAUCACCCAGAGUGGACCACGAGUGCUGCGCCGAGCGAGCGAGCGUCUGAACCGGCCGAGCGACUGUGAGGGUGGAUAACGACCCGACUCGAUUCAGAAGCUGACCGAACGGGUGGACGAACGGGCAUUGAGUGUGGACGGUGGACGCCGAGUGGUGUGGACAAUGUGGACGUGACGGUGUGGAGAGCGUGGCCGUCCUAACUCACGGGCCUCCCGCUGCGUGGCGCCACCGUCGCACGGUGAAAAUUGUACAGAAUGGUGGUAUCUAUUGCGACGGCAUCUUCUGAGCCCAGGGAGGGGAGGAUUGGGAGGGAAAUUGUACAGGACGUCGGUAACUCUAAACGUCACCGUCUUUUGAAGGGCGGGGAGGGAUGGGUUGGGGGUUAUAUUGUCCAGAGUGUUUGUAAUUUGUCUUAUUCCGGUGGUUAGUGGAAGGAGUGGAGGUGAAAUCGUACCGUAUCGCGGCCGCCGCGAUGGGUUACACGUUAGUGGUAGUCGAUACCAUGAGAUGCUCCGAGGAGGUCGCUUUUUAAUCGUGCUGUGCGCUCGCUUUAUCCCUAUAUUCUCAUCCUCACCGGUCCCCACGCUAGAUUUCGUAUGUGUAUAAAUAUUUUUGUUAUGGAUUAGACUCGUGUUUCUGUUAAUGAUCAUGCUUACACACAGGUGUUGAAUAUACAAUAGGGCGUAA